AUGAAGAACAAUGAAACGCUAGCAGCCUAUGAAACAGAGUACACACGGCUUUUUGAAACUCUCUACAAAUGCCGUCGGGAUGAAGAGGAAUUACUGGAUAAUUUUCGACAACUUCAGGAAGAUUUGGUGAAUAAAACAAACAAAAUCGAUGAACUUGAGAAAACAGUAGAGGAGAACGAAUCGACGAUAGCUAAAUUAAAUGAGAAAAUACUUCAAGUUUCAAAGCUCGCUGAUACGGCACAUACCCGAGAACAAAACGCUCAAGAGACUAUCGAAAAUUUACGGAUUGCAAUCAAUAAAUUAAAUCGGGAAAUUGAACAGAAGAAUAAAAAGUUUGAUAUUGACGAUGACGGUGAAGUUGCAAAACAAAAUGAAAACUCGGCUAUUGAAAAAGAACGACUGACAAACGAAAUAGAAACUUUGAAACAAAGUAUAAAAAGCAAGUCUAUGUACACUGAAGAACUCGAGAAAAAGAUGAGUGAGGUAGACAAUCAAAUAAGCAAGAUGCAGGAAAACAUGGAAGUUCAGAUGAAUGAAAUAUUGAAAGAACGGUUGGUGCGCGAAAGACUUGAGAGAGAAAUAAUAGAACUUGAGGAAGAGCUCAAGAUAAAAGCCAACCUAUUGCAGGCUGCAAACACUCUGGUAAAAAACUCGGCCAGCAAUGCCAGUCGCAUUGAAAAUCUCCUGAGGGAGCAACGAGUGGCUAACGAAAAAUUGCGCAAGGAAGUGAGCAAAUUGAUGACUGGGAGAAUAAACCUGCAAACGGAAUUGAAUAAUUCGAAUAAGCGGGUCAAAGAAAUUGAAAGAGUAUUGGUUGAGAAGACAAAUGAAUACAAACUUUCAGUUCAGGAAAUUAAAAGAUUGCAGGAAGAAGUGUCCAAGAGUAAAGCCGAGAAUGAUUGGAGCGUCAGCAAAUACACCAAGAUCGAUAAGGAACGCGCUAAAAUGGAAAAGGAUCUCGAGCACGUAAAAGUUGCUUUGAAAAACUCCGAGAUCCAUUUGAGUUCAUGCCAGCGUCAAAUAACUGAGGAAAAAAAGUCUGUUGACUUGGCCGUACGGGAAAAGAACGUUGUGAUUAAAAAUCUUGAAAAUCUAAAAGAUACACUCGAAAAAGCUCACGCUGAGAUUAGUGUAUUGGAAUCGAGUAAACGAAAGCUUGAGGGCGAGCUCCAAGAGGCACUACAUGUUAAUUGUUCUUUGAAUAAAAAAAUUGAGGCUCUUGAAAAAGAUAGGGACAAGUAUUGUCAACAAGUUGCUCAAGUACAGCACCAGCUUGAUGAAUUAGCGAAUCUGGUGAAGGAAAAAGAGACCGAGGUGGUGAAUUAUUCAAAGGAACUAGGGGAAAUUAAGAAAAAAUUUCGACAUCAGCAAAAUUUAUUUGAGAGCACCCGAGCCGAAAAAAAUAUGUGUAAUAAAAAUUUGACUGUUAAAAAAGAGGAAAUCGACGAGCUGAGAGACAAAUUGAAGCUCAUGGUUCACCAAAUAGAGCAGUUAAAGGAGGAGCUCGCAAUUAAGGAAAGUAGUAUAGCCAAGGGAGAGUUUUGUGAGUGA